AAAGUGUUAAAUUUGGGAUAAGUAAUUUUUUUACAAAUGGAAAACAAUUUGAAGGGGGGGGUCAAAUCUUGGAAUAGACGGUGAAGAUCCAUUUACCUAAUAUACUGAUAUUGAUGAAUGAUGAUGGAUUAUGUAUGAGUCGUAAAUAAAUCACGCAAUUACUACUCACUCGCCCCUCUUUUUCUUUUUCUUCCUCGAGAAGAACAAAUAAAUAAAUUACACAGACAGCAGCAGCAGAACAGCUGUUCGUCUUCACCCCUAUAGUGUGUGUUUUUUCGAAACCCUCUAAUCUCUAACAUUCAUAUGUUUCUCUUGUCUCUCGAUCUUCUACCUGUUUAGGGCUUCCGCUUUACUUUGAGCAAGGAUCGGUAAAAAAAAAAAAAUAUGGGCAGAAAAAGAAAGACAGCUGUGGUAAAUACCAUCGCCAACGAGGAUAAAACCUCAAAUACAUGCACCGACGAGAAAAUACGUUCACAUACCGAAAAUUCGAUUGCUGAGGAGGGUACGAAUGCUGAAAACAAAUUGCGCACAAAUUCCAACGGUUUUCCAGCAAAGAAGAAAAAGUCGAGGGAUGUAAAUGUGUUUGUGAGGCGAUCUGGGCGUCUCAAAAAUUUAGUUUCAUCUUCCGAAAGACAAGGGGUCAAACCCCUGGUGGAUCAUAUUGACCUUGAUGAAAACGAAAAGGAAGAUGAAAAAGAAGAAGAACAAAAAGAAGAAGAACAAAAAGAAGAAGAAGAACAAGAAGAAGGAGAACAGCAUUUUCAGGAAGAUAGUGAAUCGCCAGUCGUGAAGGAAACUAACUCGGAAGUAGAAACGGAAACGAAAGAAAGAAACAUGGAAGAAAAUGUUGACUAUUUCGUUGAAGCAGCUGAGGAAUUCAAGUCUAAGGUUGUUUAUUUUGUGUUUAUAUAGUAUGAACUUUAUAUUUUUAAU